CGCAAGCUUGGAUUGCACUGAGAAUACGCACAAGUUAUUUUAAUCGUCUUGUCGGGAAAUCAGGAGGUGUGAGCCCUCAACGAGCGGCAGAUAAACGCUCUGAACACUUUUCCUAAGGAUGGUCUUUGAACGCACCUCUCGCUACUUCGGCCGCACUUCUCGUUGAGCACAGGAGAUUUCAUGUCAACUCUUGCAGCAGACACGUUGGAUGAGAAGAGUCCGCGCUCGGAGCGGAGUGAGGUGCGCGCAACAAGAGGAUGCCAGCCAGGCGUGGCCAAUGUGAGGAGAAUGCGUGGGGACUGGGGAGGAUGUAUAUAAUCCCGUCUUUUCCUUCUCAUUAGCGCACAUAUCAAAACGGAGGACCAGAGGACUUCCUUCAGUCUGCAUGGCUCGGACAUUUUCACCACUUUCCCCUAAUCGCACCAUUUUAAAUGCCUUCGCUUAGUUUAAACCUGACCGCCGUGCACACCAUGGCGGAGGUGGGGACUUUGUUUGGAGCGCUCGACUUGGAUUUACAAAGUUUGCCUACGUUUGGGAACGCGCCCCUGCAGCCGGAGUCUCCCCUGGGCUUGAACGAAGGGGGGCUCCAGCGGGGGUCGCCCAACGACUUCGGCCACCUCAAAGGCAUCCUGAGGCGGCGGCAGCUGUACUGCAGGACGGGCUUCCAGCUGGAGAUAUUCCCCAAUGGGACAGUGCACGGAACCAGGCAGGACCACAGCAGGUUUGGCAUCCUGGAGUUCAUCAGUCUGGCAGUCGGUCUGGUCAGCAUCAGGGGCGUGGACGCUGGACUCUACCUCGGCAUGAACGAGAAAGGAGAGCUCUAUGGGUCGAGGAAGCUGACAGCAGAGUGUGUGUUCAGGGAGCAUUUUGAGGAGAACUGGUACAACACAUACGCAUCCACGCUGUACAAGCACAACGACACGGCACGCUUCUACUACGUGGCCUUGAACAAAGAUGGCUCGCCCAGGGAGGGCAGCAGGACUAAAAAGCAACAGAAACUCACACACUUCUUACCGCGACCUGUGGAGAUCGAAAAGAUCCCUCAGGCCUACCGGGACCUCUUCCAGUACAGGUGACCACAGCUUGGACAACUGGUCCCACUUAACAAGAAGAGGCGGCCACAGGGGGUUGUUUGCUACAAAACUGUUUACCCUCCGCUGAGGUCAGCGCCUCGGCUCGCUACCAAGAACACUGAUACAAACAUCUUUGCAUGUGCUUGGAUGUUGCUUCAUUACGUUUACAGCAAACCAGACCGCUGCGGACGUGGACAGAGAGGACGCUCCGAUCGGGCGCCACCUUUCCCUAAUAACCACUUUUCUUAGAGAUCAUUUAGCACUAAGCUGGCGCAGAACCAACAGACGGUUACACGUGAUGGGAAGCACUACAGUUAAUGGAAGAAGAGGCAUGUUUCCACGUGGACUCAGCGAGAGGACGGACAGGAAGGCUCAAGUAUACAGUACACAGACUGGGCAAGGUUCCCAUGUUCAAGUGGUAAGGUACUGAAGUGAAAGAAAAGGUCUCACGCUAGAGAGAGAACAUGACGAAUGUGGUCUUGAUCCCAGAGCACUUACUGAACACCCCAGCUGGAGGCUAGCAUGGAAACCCCUUUGAGCAUUCAUUUGACAGUACUAGUAGCACACAUUUGUCCACUAGUAAACAGUUUCGUCUCACAAGUAACAUGCACGAGUUAGCUCUUUGUCCUCACUAGUCAGACAGUUCAGUGCACUAGUAUAACAACUAAGGCGCACUAGUAGAACGACUCUGUCUAACUAGUAACAUUUCUUUCGCACUAAGCCUCCAACUAAAGUAAGGACAACUUUUAGCAAACUAACUACGUUACUGGUGAAACACCAGAUGUUAACAAGUAGAAUUGUAUAAUGUCACUAGUAGUUCUAGUUGUCAAGUGCCCAGUUUCGCCUUAAUAGUAAGAUGUAGUUUUCUUACUAGUUUGCCAAAAUUGUCCUACUAGCUUUACUAUUCAGGUUAAGGUCCAACUACCCUUUGUCAGCGUGCUAGUGGAAUGACUAAGGUGCACUAGUAGAACAACUGUGUCUUACUAGUAAGGUUUUUCCACAACUGUAUGACAUUUCUGCACACUAAUAGGACAACUUUGGCAUACUAUGGACACACAGUUGAAACCAGAUGUUAACAUACACGAUAUAAAAAAUACACAAACGAGACUAAACUUGUCCUGUUUUAGGUCAAUUAGGAUUCCAUAAACUAUUUGUACAGGUAUUUGCUCAAUGCCAGAAUAUUGAGAGACAUUUUUUUUGGGGGGGGGGCAAUAUUUCAUUACUUUCUUCAGAGUCAGAAGUUUACAUACAUUUCAUUAGUAUUUAGUAUCAUUGCCUUUAAACUGUAUGACUUUUGGAUAGUCUUCCACAAGCUUUUCACAAUAGUUGGCAGGAAUUUUGGCUCAUUCCUGCUGAAAGAAUUGAUGUAACUGAGCCAAGUUUGUAGGCCAGCUUGCUCGCACUUGCCUUUUCAGGUCUGUCCAUAAAUAUUCAAUAAGAUUGAGAUCAGGGCUUUGCGAUGGCCACUACAAAACAAUAAGUCACAAAACAUUGACUUUAAGCCAAUUUGUAACCAGUUUGGCAGUAUGUUUCAGGCCAUUGUCCAUUUGGAAGAGCAAUUUGUGCCCAAGCUUUAACUUCCUUGCCGAUGUCAUGAGAUGCUACUUCAAUAUUUCUCCAUAAUGUUCUUUCCUCAUGAUGCCAUCUGUUUUGUGAAAUGUACAAGUAGCAAAACAACUCCACAACAUGAUGCUGCCACACCCGUAUUUCAAAAUUGGGAUGAUGUUCUCAGGCUUACAAGCUUCCCUCUUUUUCCCUCCAAAUGUAACCAUGCUCAUUAUGGCCAAACAUUUUUUUCUUUUGUCAUACCACAGGCCAUGUUUCCAAAAAUUAAGGUCUUUGUUCCUGUGUGCGUUUGCAAACUGUAAUCAGACUUUUUUGUUUCUUUGGGAGUAAUGGCUUCUUCCUGGCAGAGUGUCCUUUCAGCCCAUGUUGGUAGCGUACUCGUUUCACGGUGGAUAAUGACAGACUCUGACCAGCUUCAGCCAGCAUCUUCACAAGGUCUUUUGCGUUUGUUCUUGGGUCAUAAUCAUAUGCACAUCGGACCAAAGCACAUUGAUCUCUGGGAUACACAACCUGUCUCUUUCCUGAGCGAUAUGAUGGCUGGACAUCCCCAUGGUGGUUUUACUUGCAUGGCACCUUCAGGCAUCUGGAAAUUGCACCCAAGGAUGAAACUCACUUGUGCAACUCCACAAUUCUCUUCUUGAUUUCUUUGGACUUUCCCAUGAUGUUAGACGAGCAGUGCGUUUCAGAUGUGCCUUCAAAUACAUCCACAGGUGUUUCUCUAACGCGAAUGUUGUCAGAAGCUUCCAAAGAAAGGACAUCAUCAUCUGGGUUUUCCCAAAUUGUUUAAAGGCAUAUUAUUGUUACUGUAUGCAAACUUCUGACUUUUAAGACAGUAAUGUUUUUUUUUUUAUAUGAACAUGUUACUAGAAAGGCUAAACUACUAGUGUGCAUUCUGGUGCUACUAGUAGGAUCCAGGAGUGCAUGACAUAUGCCUACUACUUGGGCCUAGUUGUGUUAUUAGUGCAGCACAGUAGUUUACUACAAAGCUUUAUCUGCUUACCAGUAGGAAAAAAGUGCCUAAGGACAAGGGGCUUAUGAGUACAUGGACCUUAAACUGGAUAUUGAGUGUAUCGAACAAAUGCUCAAAAGACUUUCCAUAGGCUUUUAAUUAGAUGCUAUAGGUAGCGUUGUGUUGCAAGCGAAUGCAACACAGCGUGAUCAAUGCAGGACAGAAGCACUUCUCUAACUGUGGUUGUACAGAACAAGCGAUUGACAUGUGAUGUUCAAAUUGUCAGGAACAUUAUUAAAAAGGCAAGCAGCUGAGGGGUACGUAUGGGCGAUCCUAUUUAUGAGAUGUACAAUAUAUUUAUUUUCUACAUAUAAAGUAUAAAUCUAAAUCUAUAUAUUUAUUUAUUGCAAAGACUUUAUUUUGUAAUGAUCUUAAAAUUAUCUGGACCGUAGAUUCUACUGAAAUUACAACAAUAAACCAUGUUUAGAAAAAAAAAUACUAAUAAUGAUAAUGAAGAUCUGCAGUUAAUAUGACAAUAAAAUUGUCCCGCUAUGUGACAUUUUCUAGUGAGACUAUUUGUGCUUGGAUCCAAAUUUGAUGUACCAAUUAAA